AUGGAGCAAGACCACCAAGACACCCUCCGCGACCUCCAAGCCAUGCUCGAAGAUGAAGACUUCAUCGCAUUCCUAGGCCGUCAGCCAAAGGACACCUUUGCGGAGGCUCAUGCAAAAGCGAUACACUGCUUGGCAAAGCUCGUCGCGCCUGCUACGGGGAAUGGACGCAAACGCGACGCGGGCAAAGCCGGGGGUCGCAAUCCGAAAAGGAUUCGCGGGAAGGAGCCAGGGGAUGAGGGAGAAGAGGAGGAGGAGGAGGAGGAGGAGGGAAAGAUUUACGACUGGAAGCCCAUCACCGACAUUGCUGCCUUUAUUGUCGACGAAGACACGCUCGAGCAAGUCGAGAUGUUCAAAGAGGAUGGCUCGCUCGCAGCCUUCUUCUCGCCACCGCAAGCUGAGCGGACCUACGUCACCAAGAUGGUAGGUGGCGAUGCCACCAAAUCGCUCGCGGCCCUCCUCGUCGACACGGACAACCUCAGCCGGGAGCUCAGCGGCAAUCAUAAGCUGUGGUUGUUCCACAUGCUGCUGUGGUACCGCGUAAAGGAGAUCCUCGCGCCGGGCGCCGGAGCUGGUCGCACCUUUUCAAUGGGCAAGAAGCAGCAGGACGUGCUGCAAACGCAGCUCUACUUGAUCCACAAGCGCAGCAAAGACUGGCCUGCCGACUGGUCCGUGGAUAAGACAUCGAAAUACAUUAGGCACUGGGCCAAGAUUGGUUUCAAGGUGGACAUCCUAGUCUCCGAGUUUGGACCAGGGUGCUUAUUCGUGCUAUACAAGCCGCUCACGGAAGCGUUUCUGCUGCGUAGAAUCACCAAGACCGGACCACAUCAUGAUGCGGCUAUUGCUCAGCUGAACCGCAUGGGGCUGAAAGAGUACAUGGAGAGCAAGCACUUGGACAAGUUUGGCGAUGCAAUCAUCAGCUACCUGCUGCGUCCUUUUACCGAAGCGAAGAAGUCCCGCACCGAACAGACGUACCUUUUGCAUGCUCCUAGCGAGUGA